AUGCCAGCAGAGCCUAUGCUCCUCUGCGCGGACGUGGGGGGCACGAACACUCGGCUCCACCUCUUCCGAGUGCCGGAGACCUACACGGCAGUGGUGCCGCCUGAGUGCAUGGUGCAUCAUGCCAAGUAUUCCAACAGCCAUUACGACUCCUUCACGGAGGUGGCUCAAGACUUUCUGAAGAAAGCUGCGCAGAGCACCUCCGUAGGGCUUGGGAUGCCUCCACCAUACCUAGGAUGCUUUGCGGUGGCCGGCGUGGUUGUCGACAACAAGUGCAACCUGGUAAACCUUGGGUGGAGGAUGGAUGGGAAUCAGAUCGCGGAGGAACUCGGCAUGAAGGAGGUGUACCUGAUGAACGACUUUGAAGCUCAAGGGUAUGGCAUCCUAACCUUGGACAACAAGACCGAGUGCGAUGUGUUGCAGGAUGCGCCUGUCGUUCCGGGUGCUCCCAUCGCUCUGCUUGGUGCCGGAACUGGCUUGGGCGAGGCCUUCAUGACUACGGGUGAGAACGGCGACUAUGAGGUCUGGCCGUCAGAGGGGGGCCACAAGGAAUUUGCACCUCGACAAGAAGGCAGUACAAACCUUCAAACUGAGAUGAUGCAGUACCUGCAGAUCCGGUUCAGUGCGAAAUCGCGCAUCAGUGUGGAACGCAUUGUGAGCGGAAGAGGCAUCGCCAAUAUCUACCAGUUCAUGGCGUGGAAAUUUCCAGAGAAGCUCAAGAAGGAAGUGCACGCGACCUUCGUAAAGAAAGGGCAAGAUCCUGCAGUCAUCGUGGAGGCAGCCAGGUCUGGGCAAAGCGAACUUAGUUUGAAGACCAUGGACCUCUUUGUUGGGGCCUAUGGCGCAGAGGCGGGUGUCAUGGCACUAAAGUUCAUGCCGUUCGGGGGCCUCUACGUAACCGGUGGCGUGUCGGCCAAGACGC